CCAUGGGUGAAACCUAAACCAGGAAGGAGAAUUUUAUUGACAGUUUUUAUAUCGGAUUCGAAGGCCAAAUAUUUUAACCAACAAUGGCUGGAAACAGGCGAAGUUGGGCAUAUCAUUGGCAGAGUCACAAUGUCAAGCAGAGCGGGGUCGAUGAUAUGGUGCUCUUGCAGAAGAUCACAGAGCCAGCCAUCUGUGAGAAUCUCAAGAAGCGAUUCAUGGACGAUUGUAUUUAUACAUAUAUCGGACCUGUGCUGAUCUCUGUCAACCCCUUCAAACAGAUCCCAAUCUUCUCUGACAAACAUGUCGACAUGUAUCAGGGUGCAGCCAGCUACGAGAACCCGCCGCAUGUUUUCGCGCUGACUGACGAGAUGUACCGGAACAUGAUGAUAGACAUGGAGAACCAAUGUGUCAUCAUCAGCGGUGAGAGUGGAGCGGGUAAAACAGUUGCAGCCAAGUAUAUCAUGUCGUAUAUUGCCAAAGUGUCUGGCGGUGGCGCCAGUGUACAGAAGGUCAAGGAUGUCAUCUUGGAGUCCAACCCGCUUCUUGAAUCGUUUGGAAAUGCUAAGACAGUCCGCAAUAAUAACUCCAGCAGAUUUGGAAAGUAUGUUGAAAUCCAGUUCACAAGAGGCGGUGAGCCUGAUGCUGGGCGCAUCUCAAACUUCCUGUUGGAGAAGUCUCGGGUCGUGAGUCAGAACACUUCAGAGAGGAACUUCCAUAUCUUCUACCAACUGUGUGCUGGAGCAACCCCCGAACAUCAAAGUGAGAUGGGCCUAACAACGCCUGACUAUUAUUACUACCUCAAUCAGAGCGGCACGUACACUGUUGAUGGCACAGAUGACAAGAAGGACUUCAAGGACACUAAGCACGCAAUGGGUGUGGUGGGAAUCGAUGAUAUCACGCAGGAUUCAGUGUUCAGUAUCGUGGCUGGUGUCCUCCAUCUUGGAAACAUCUUAUUUGUGGAAGAUGGCAAUUACGCAGCUGUGUCAAAUGAUGAGUUUCUGGACUUCCCUGCAUACCUGUUUGGUGUUGAGAAGGAGAUGCUGAGGUCUAAGUUGACAGGUCGCAUCAUGGACAGCAAGUGGGGAGGGAAGACAGAGAAAACUGAGAUUAAACUCAACCCAGAACAAGCGGCGUACACCCGUGAUGCUCUGGCUAAGGCGCUCUAUUCACGGGUGUUUGAUUAUUUAGUUGUGGCCGUGAACAAAGCAAUGUCCAAACAAGCAGCUGGGGUCAACAUUGGCAUUCUAGAUAUCUACGGUUUUGAAAUCUUUGCUAAGAAUGGCUUUGAACAGUUUUGUAUCAACUAUGUGAAUGAGAAGCUACAACAGAUCUUCAUUGAGCUCACACUCAAGGCUGAGCAGGAAGAGUAUGUGCAGGAAGGCAUCAAGUGGACGAGUAUAGACUACUUCAACAAUAAGAUUGUGUGUGAUCUCAUCGAGAGUAAGAGUCCACCUGGAAUCUUCUCCAAUCUUGAUGACGUGUGUGCGACGAUGCACGCAGUGACUGAUGGUGCUGAUGAAACAUUACUGCAGAAAUUGUCCUCCCAAGUUGGUUCCCACCAGCAUUACCAGGGGUCGAGUGUUGGGUUUGUCGUCCACCAUUAUGCCGGGAAGGUGACCUAUGAUGCCGAGGGAUUCUGUGAGCGGAACCGUGACGUACUCUUUAACGAUCUCAUACAGUUAAUGCAGACGAGUGAAAAUCAGUUCAUCAAGGGCCUUUUCCCCGAAGAUGUCAGCCAGCAAACCAGAGGCAGGCCCUCCACAGCUGGCACCAAGAUCAGGAACCAAGCCAACAAACUGGUUGAGACGUUGAUGAAGUCUACACCUCAUUAUAUACGCUGUAUCAAACCAAACGAGACCAAGCGAGCUCAUGAUUGGGAGGAGAAUCGUGUCAAGCAUCAGGUUGAGUAUCUCGGCUUGAAAGAGAACAUUCGAGUGCGGAGGGCAGGCUUCGCGUACAGGAGGCCGUUUGAUAAGUUCCUGCGCAGAUAUGCUAUCCUUACCAAAGAGACAUGGCCUCAAUGGCACGGUGAUACACGCCAGGGUGUGACACACUUAUUGACGUCUGUCAACAUGGAUCGCGAUCAGUUUCAGCUCGGAAAGACCAAGGUCUUCAUAAAAAAUCCUGAAUCUCUGUUUUUGUUGGAAGAAGUACGAGAGAGAAAGUUUGACAGUUACGCCCGAGUUAUCCAGAAAGCAUUCCGCAAGUACAACGCACAGAGAUACUACUUCAAGCUCAGACAGCAAGCGUCCGACAUCCUGUACAAUAAGAAGGAGCGUCGACGUUACAGUUUGAAUCGUAACUACGUUGGCGACUACAUCGGGAUGGACGAGAAUCCUGGAUUGAGGGUGCUCUGCGGGAAGAGGGAGAAGAUGGAGUUUGCAGAGACGAUCGUCAAGUACGAUCGUCGCUUCAAGACGGCCAAACGUGACUUGAUGCUGACUAACAAGUUUAUCUACCUGGUUGGGCGAGAAGUGGUCAAGAAAGGUCCAGAGAAAGGUCAGGUGAAGGAGGUGAUCAAGAGGAAGAUCGAACUCGACCAGAUAUCACACGUCGCCCUCAGUACAUUACAAGAUGAUUUCUUGGUGAUCUAUGUCCAGAAUGAAUACGCAAGUCUCGUUCAAUCAGUCUUCAAGACCGAGUUCCUCACCACACUCUCCAAGAGAUAUAAGGAAAAGGUGGCCAAGAACCUGCGCAUUGAAUUUACUGAUCAAAUUGAAUUCCCCGUAAAGAAGGAAGGAUGGGGAGGAGGUGGUUCUCGGAUGGUCAAAUUCUCCAAAGCGUACGGUGAGGAUGGGCAAGGGGCUCUGAAGACUUCCAGCAAAACAUUGAACGUUAGUAUUGGAAGUGGUCUUCCUAAAGACUCCAAGCCGGGAUUGAAGGAGGUAGUGCGAGCUGCGCCCUCUAGGCCAAGCGGAGGUCGACAACCGUCAAGGAGGGCUCCAGGACGGCCUGCACCCAAUCUCGCCCCAGUUGGUGGCGUGGUGGCCUCAUCUACCAAGCGGGGAGUACAGCGUGGUCGCAGCAUGGACAAGACACCAUCUUUACCUCGCGGUGGUGCUCAGAAUCUAGCUAAAGCAAUAGGCAACUUUAAUAAUAAUACUGAGUUUCUGAACACACCAGAAGCUGGAGUAGCUGGUUCACUCAGAAACGAAAUCCGCAAAUCACGAAGUGGCAGUGCACCGAAAAGUGAGGUGAGAAAGAGAGAGAGCGUGAAACAGCCCAACAAGCCGCCAGCAAAACCCAAACCAAAACGUAAACCUUCGCCGGUUCUUCCCCAAGGUAAAGCUCUGUGGGCGUACGAUGCUCAAGACACCGAUGAACUUGGCUUCAACGAAGGACAGAUCAUCAGCAUCGUUAAGGAAGAUCCCUCUGGUUGGUGGAAAGGGAUGGUCGGCAACAGGGAGGGACUCUUCCCAUCAAACUACAUCGAGAAGAUCUAGACAACCAGGAUGGCGCUUCAUUUACCGUCUGCAUCUGGAUUCAUAGAACUGGCUCAGUAGAGAGGAAGCUUCAACCAAACAGAUCAGCAGUGAAUUCGAGCGUGACCUUCGAUAUGAGCUUACAGAUGCUCCACUGAGAAUGUGAAGCUGAUGACUUUGGAGGUCAGCUUACUUUGGACAUUCAAUCUUAGACAUUCCUGUCGCCUGCUAUACUUAAACAGUUCAUUCAAGGCAACUAAAUUCUGCCAUGAUUCAUGUGAGUUAUCAUUUACUGAAGACAUCUUGUAUGAGAGCAUAGCUCAUGUUGACUAGAUGCAGUCAAUGAAGGCUUAGAGUCUUCCAUUCACUCGAGUUGUAUCAUCGCCUCAUUGUUAACUGGAUUCAUUUGUGUUAUUUUGUACUGCCCAGUUGCCAUGGCGCUGCCAAGUUGCUAUGGUGCUGCCAAAUCGCGUUUGUCCAUUCUUUGUCUGCUGUGCAAUUCCAAAACGAUACUGCUGAAGAGAUUUCACAUGUCGUCAUGACGGCUGUGAAUAAGAUUUGAAGAUUUCUUCCAUGACCAUGAGAAGUUUCCAUGUUUUUUAAGUUAUAUGCUGCAAAAUUCACUCAAGUUCUGUACCAGGGAACUCGAAUUAUGUCUACUUGUAUGCUCUCCUUGGCCGGGUUGGCUUGGGACUUUUUAACUGAUUUGACAUGGACACUGCUCGCUAUCACAACAGGAUCAUAUUGCUUCUAGAUCUAUAUCAUCCCAGUGAAGUGGAAAUGUUUUCAUGAGAAGUUAUUUAUGUUCUGUUGUACAUGUAUAUAAUAUAAGAUAAUGCACGUCGAUGUUCAGUCAUAAUGAUUGUGUGAAUGUUUACAAAGACAGCUUUGUAUAUAUCUGAUUAUGUACUUGUGCCUUUAACAUUCCCUCCAUGAUAAGGUGACUUGAAUGAUUCCCCAUUCUUUAUCGGGUCUUGUUUUCUCACCUUGAAGAUGCAUGUCUAUGAUCAAUGUUGAUAUCAGAGGGAAUGAUUACUCUGACUAGGUUAAUGAGAUAAAGAUGGUGAUUAGAAUGCAUCAGCCAUGGUUUUAUUGGGGCAGCUUGAGCUCAGCUUGGACCUCACAUGUGAAAACUCAUCGAUUCAGAAGACUGAAGUCAAGUUCGUUUCACGAUGUGAAAGACUGCAUAAUGGCAGUUUUCAAGUUAUGAAAUGAACUCAAAUGUUCAACUUAUUCCAACUAUUUUCUUCAUUCCUACUGAAAUUGUUUUUCAUAUUUUGCAUGUGUUAUUGUAUUGUACUUACAUACAGAGAGAUAUUUAGAGUUCUGUUGCUCAGUUCCACUCCAAACUCUCGUGCUCUGGCCCAGCUGGUUGAUUAGGUGGUUGUACUAUGAUUUAGAUUCCUGUGGGGGUCAAUGUGGAGGAGGGUAUCGGUUCAAUCUUUUGCCCAGUGUCUCAGUGUGUUGGACCAGCUGACAUCUAUGUAUCACAGCUUUUAAUGUGCCAAAUGUCUUCACUUGUGCCUUUUAGUUGCCUCUGGGGGAGAGGAAUAUGCUCUAACAAUAUGUGAUGUAGUUGCUUCUGGUCUGCUGAAAUGAGUUGCACAAGAGUAGUCUAGUGUCACUAGGUGGGUCUUGGGGUGAGGAAAUGAUCAGUUCCUAUUUACCACUGUUACACAUAUUUGCAACACUAAUGUUAAAACGCCUUUCACUAUUCAAGCAUGGAGGAGUGUCUGGAGAUAAUGCCUGGCUGACAAUAACAAUAUUUACACUGUUAUCCAACAGAGGUGAUUCAGCAUGUAUAUUAUCUAAUGAUUCUAUGUAUAAUCAUUAUCAUCACAGUUUACACAUGUUUUACACCUAACCAAUGAUAUUUUGUAGGUCGUUUCAUUCCAAAGUGAUACAAAAUUAAGAAAUGUUUCUUGUAUUUAUCUAGGAAAGAUGCAUGAGAAUAAUAAAAUAUAA